AUGGAGCACACUGACCUGGAAGAGAGAUCGAAGAACGUCGCCGAUCUUCUUGGUGUUCUGAUGGACAUCAAUGAGAUCAAUGGCGGCAACUCCGACACUGCAGAGAAGAUGAAGGUGCAUGCAAAGAACUUCGAGGCUGCUUUGUUUGCUAAGUCGUCCUCCAGGAAGGAGUACAUGGACAACAUGCGGGAGAAAGUCACGGCCAUGCGCAACACUCUCAGCAGCAAGAAAAAGAGCAAGACCACAGAUCCAAAGGCUGCCACUGGCGGAGGCGCCCCUGGUACAGUCUCUGGCGCGGCUAACGGUGGGAAUAUGCCGAUGAAUAUGGACCCGCAGAUGUUUCUGAACCAGCAGGCGCAGUUGAGACAGCAGGCUGCUCAUCAGUUAAGAAACCAACAGCAGCAGCAGCAGCAACAGCAGCAGCAACAACAGAGACCACAACUGACCGCGCAGCAACAGCAGAUUAUUAAUCAGAUGAAAAGCGCGCCUAUUCCAAGAGAACUGCUGUCGAGGAUUCCGAAUAUUCCGCCAAAUGUGAACACUUGGCAACAGAUCACUGAGCUGGCACAACAGAAGAGGCUCUCUCAACAGGAUAUGCAGAUUGCAAAAGAGAUAUACAAGAUACAUCAACAGCUGCUGUAUAAGUCGAAGUUACAACAAAGGCAGCAACAUCAACAGCAACAGACACCGCAACAGCAAACCCAAUCGCAACAGGCUACUCCAGUCCCACAGAAUGGUAACCAAGGUCAAGGGCAAGGACAAGUCUCUGCAAUGAACACAAGCUUAGCCCCAAAUAAGAAUGGCGAAUACCCAAACAUUCUAGGCCAGAUCAAUCAGAUCUUCACCCUCGAAGAACAAAGGGUUCUGCUUCAGGAAGCUAUAGAAGCCUGCAAGAACUUCAGGAAGACUCAGUACGGUAACGCCAUGACUGAUGCAAAUAUACAAAAUUUCAUUAGGAAGUACAUUAAUCAAAAGGCUUUAAGAAAAAUUCAGAACAUUCGAAUGGCCCAACAACAGUUCCAAAACAAUAAUAAUAACACAAACACCAAUGCCAACACAAACACCACAAACAACAGCAACCAUAAUAUUAAUGCAUCCGUUGCCCCAAGCAAUAAUGCCGCUCAACCUAAAGCGUCAAGUAAUACUAAUAAUAAUACUAAUAAUAAUAACAUAAAUUUGAAUAAUGUUAGCGGCAUUCCAACUGUGAAUGGUAUGGACUCCAAUUCAAAUACCCCAAACAACAACAGCAGUACUACUCCUGGUAACUACAACAACGCCCAAAUCAAUAAUCGUCAAAAGAAUUUGUUACAGACUUUAGCGCCAACAGCACAAGAUAUAGAAAUAGUGAAAAGAAUCUCUUCUGAAGCUGCAAGAAUCCCUUUAAGAUUGUCUGACUUAACAAACACAUUGUCUCCUCAAGAGAAAGACGAAAUUAAAAGAAAGUUACAACUUAACCAACAAUUGUUUGCUCAGGUUAGUAAUUAUGCUCCACAAGUCUAUAUUCUUACUAAGAGUGAAAAUUUCUUGAAAGAAGUCUUACAACUAAGAAUAUUCGUAAAAGAAAUUUUAGGAAAAUGUUCAAAAGGUAUCUAUGUCGUUAAAUUGGAUACGGUAGAUAAACUUAUCAUCAAAUACCAAAAAUACUGGGAGAGUAUGAAGAUCCAAUUACUGAGAAGACAACAAUUGAUUCAAAGACAACAACAAAUGCAACAGCAAGUAGGUGCACAGAAAUCACAGACUCAUCCUUCUCAAGGUGUUAAUAACUUGUCAAGACAGCAACAACGUGUACAAGGUUCACUACAACAAAUACACGAACAGAUGCAAGGUAAAAUGCAACAAGGACAACCACAACAGCAACAGCAACCACCACCACCACAGAUCACACAAGCACAAGCACAGGCUCAAGCUCAAGCACUAGCACAAGCCCAAGCACAAGCCCAGGCUCAUGCUCAAGCCCAAGCUCAAGCACAAGCACAAGCACAAGCACAAGCACAAGCACAAGCACAAGCACAAGCACAAGCACAAGCACAAGCACAAGCCCAAGCCCAAGCCCAAGCUCAAGCUCAAGCUCAAGCUCAAAUGCAAGCAAAAGUACAAGCGCAACAACGUGCUCGUGCUCAAGCUCAAGCUCAGGCUCAAGCAAAAGCUCAAGUCCAAACAAAAGCUCAAUUACAGUCACAAACUGAAGCUUCAUCUCAAAAUGGUGUAAUUUCGAAUGACCAAAUAUCUAAUUAUUUGCAAAUGAUGAAUAAUAACGGUAACUUAAAUGCCAAAAUGUUACAACAACAGCAACAGAAAAUCAAUAGUAUUGGAGGAACACCUCUUUCAAGUAAUGCUGAAUUGACUGCUGCUGGUGACAUGACAAAAGGUUCUCCCGCCGUUGCUUCUGUAUCUCCUGCAAAUAAAGAAGUUAAGCGUGCUGCUGCAAGAGGAAAAGUAGGCAAGAAAUCUGCAUCAACUGCUGCUGCUAUAGUUCCGCAAACCAUGUCAGCACUACCUGCUGACAACAAGGACUCUGCUGCCAGUGCUAGUACAAACCUCUCUCCUUCACCUUUAACUUCUAUACCUAUCAACACUAGACGUUUAUCAUAUGCACAGUUGGAAUCCCAUAUUAGUCAAGGUGAAAAUCCAUAUUUAAAUGAAGAAAUGUUACUGAAGAAUAUGAAUACUAAAAAAGCUGAAAUUAUCUCACGUUACAAGCAUCGUCAAAAUAUAUUUAAAUUUUCUAAAAUUGAAACGUUUUUGAGCACUUUAGCUGAUACAAUGGGGAUCAAAGAUGAGGAUGUCGAGACUGUUUAUAAAAUCCCACAGUCAACGGUUGAUUUUGUCAAUGGAACAGGAAAGAAGAAACCAACAAAAGCACAACAAAGAAUAAGAGAUCAAGAUUCUGUUACUGUUAGAAUAAAUAAUAAUAAUAACGUAAUAAUGUCAAGUAAAGCGGAACCAAUGACAAGGUCGUAUAAGAUCUCCAACGAUGCAAUUUCUUCAAUAUUCUCAGAUAUAUAUCCAAUUGGGAAAUUCGCCCAAGCUAAUUUUUUCAAAUCAAUGCCUGUUGAUCAAGAUAUUGUUACAAAUUCUAAUAAUAUAACUAAUAUCAAGAAGAGAAAAUUAGAUGAAUUGGAAGUAAGCCCUGCAAAUUCAAAUUCUUCGUUAAUGAGUGAUUCCAAAAAAUUAAAGAUAGAUUCACCAGAAGAUAUGUUCGUCAUUAAACCAGAAGAAGAUCUAAAAACUAGUUCAAAAACACAGAAUAGUACAAUAACCAAUGCUGGAAAUGUUUGGGAUUGGAACCAAUGGACUAGUAUAUAG